UAACAUUAUACCUCCAGCUCAUUCUACUAUUGAUAGAUUAAAAUCUUUAGAAAAUGAUCUUGCAAAUUUGACGGUUGAGAAAAUUUUCACAAAAAAUUAUUUUAAAGCAACUUUAUCGACUGAUUCAACAUGUAGUUGCCGUGAAAAAUCAGACAGCACGAUGGAAAACAGUUGUAAAAAUAGUAAUAUUGACGAUUUUGGAACGUCAAAUGCUGGAAGUGAAUCAGAAAGUUGCAUGUUAUUUCAACAAUCUGUUUCACAUGCGAAUUCGCCAGAACAAGUUUUGGCAGAAUAUCGUGAAAAAGUCAAAACUUUAUUAGCCGAAAUUGGAUUUAACGUCAAUUCGAUUUAG